AAGAGACUGUUUGUUCAAGUUCUAGUCAGUUGCUAAGGCUUUACAUUGGAAGCAGAAAGCACUUAGAGACACGCCGACGUGUUAACAGAAAUAUUAAUAAAACAGCAACGUAUCUUUCCAAAUAAAUGGUGAAAUUUCAGGUUCUGUUCAUUUCGUUGUUACCAGCUUGUCUGUUGGUGAUAUGCGGAACUCCUCAAGCAGUGGAUGGACGGACAUGUGACGACAUGCCUUGUCUCAGGGACGAGGUGUGUGUAAUGGAGAUUGGCCGGUGUGACUUCAAAGGACUCUGCGAACGCUACCCAACAUGUCGAGUUCCCAGGAGGUCGCUGGAAGGUUCCUGUGAGCACUACAGGUGCCCCCCUGGUCAGUUCUGUACCCUGUUGGAGGAUCGAUGCGUACGGAAGCCGUGUCCAUCGAGACCUGCAUGUGUUUCAUCAAACCACACAGGCUUACACAGACUAAGAAGAAGCAAUGUCGGUCUGCAAUGAACACUUGACCACUAAACGUACACUUAAUUAAUGCUUGAAAACUGUAAACUUACAUAACCUAAUCCUAAGAGCUCGUGCUAUGUACUAAUAAAGGAAACACACCACGU